UCCCGCCGUCCCCUCACCCUCCCGCGGAGGCCCCGGCCGGGCCGGGCGGGGUGGGGGCGGCCCCGGCCUCAUUAAUCAGCGGCUUGUUGUGGAUGCCGGCGGAGGAGAUGCCACCCAGGGCGGGAAAAGGGGCGCGGAAGAGGGGCGGGGCGGGCCACGGCGCGCAGGGCCCUUCCCUCCCGCCUCGGACUCAAUUAAUUGGGCUUGAGCUUCCGCCGGGGAGGGGGCGCCGGGCGGGGCCGCGGCUGGGCGGGGCGGGGGAUCGGGAUCGGCAGUGGGGGCUGCGGCCUUGCAGGGGAAGCAUGGGCGGCGAGCCGGGCCGUGCUCUCGGGGCGCGGGGUCCCCAUUUUGGGCGAGGGCGGCCUCUCCCGCGCUCGGGGUGGGCGCGCCCCCUCCCCGUCCCCCGUCCCGCGUCCCCCGUCCCCCGUCCCCCGUCCCCGUCUCCGUCCCCCGCAGCCGCGAAGCGCGGGGAGGUUCCAGGGCCCGCGGCCGCGGGUUCGCGAGCCCCGCGCUCCAGAUCGAGAGCGGCGCGCGCCCUUCCCUGGAGGACAGCGAGGCUGCGAGGGGCGCGGAGGGGGCGCCCGUGUCCCACCCUCUCGCGGGCGCUUUACGGGGCGUCCUCUGCGCCAUUCACUUGUCAGCUUCUCGGGAAGUUGAAAUCGCGUUUGGGAGGUGGACAACCAUCUCCCACUGUCUCCUGGUGCCAUCUCUAAUCUUACGGCCUCACUGGAGUUAUCCAAGGUCCUGAAGACACCCCAGUGACACUCCCCAGUCUCGCAGUUUGAAGGUUGCAGUUCAGGCAUCAGACUCUCUCUCCAGGCAACAAACAUCUGCACCAGCUGGACUGCUGCUGCCUAGCGGGGUGAGGUGUGAUGGACAGUGGAGUCCUAUACUACGGGCCUGUUGUCCUGGGUCUGUUCUGCCCCGUGGAAGCUGCCCAGGCUGCUGCGGGAGUGGUGAUGCUCGUGCCACUUGGCCACUUGACCUUGCUCUGUAUAACCUAAUGACCGCCAUUGUUUAAUGGUUGCAUCAUAUUCCAUCACACGGUCAAUAGUCAUUUUUCUCUACCUUUUUAUUGUUAGGUAUUGCUUUUUUUCUUAUUUCUUUCAAUGAUAAAUGCUGGUUUGAUGAAUAUGGUAUACAUUUAUUUUGUUUGUGUUUUGCAUUAUGCCUGGGGAAGAACAGAUUCCUGAGUGUAGAAAUACUGAUUCAGAAGCUCUGCAUGUUUUUAAGCUUCACAUGCAUAUUGCUGAGUUGCUUCCUGCAGAAGUUAGCCCAACAGCAUAUAACCGUGCCUCUUUUCUUUCCAUUCUCUUCAGCGCUGUUUUAAUAGUGUGAAAUAUUUGUACCUUGUGAUAGUGCAGCAUUAUGUCCCCGUGUUUCAAUCCUCUCUCCUUUGAUCACUAGAAAUGUUGCAGUGUUUUCAUUAUUAAGCACAGGUGUAAAUCCAUUUCUACAGUUUUGCUAACUUUUCUUGGGUUGGUAAUGUCUUUAUCACCAAUUUAUGUGAAUUUAGAUUAUAGUAAGUUUAUUAAACCUUUGUGAUGUAUUUGUUAUAAAUAUUUUUCUGAAUUAUUAGAUAAGUUAUAAUUUUGUUAAUUAUAUAUGU